AAAGGAGCGUGAGAAAGAGAAGCUCGGAGAACAGAGAAAAGGGGCCACUGAUUGCCCCCUACCCGGCUUCCCCACACGCGCUUUCUAGCCGUGGCCGCCCGCCUGCCGCGGUUACCCCGGCUCCUCUCUGGGUCCCUCGCGAUUGGAUCCGGGCGCUAAGCGAGGCCCUGCAGCGCUGACAGAAGCUCGGCUGAGACGCACGGGCCCUUACCUUCUCACCUCCUGCCCGCUAGUCAGCUCGCCUCAGCCUGAGGCUGCUCCGUCGCCGCCACAGCUUGCGCACGGCUCACACUCACUUUCCUUCAGCACCCCUACCCCGGCGCUGCCUGGAGGCGGCUGCACUCGGGGAUCAUGGCCCAAGUAGCAAUGUCUGGCCUGCCGGUUGAGGAUGAGGAGUCUUCGGAGAGCAGGAUGGUGGUAACAUUUCUCAUGUCAGCUCUUGAGUCCAUGUGUAAAGAACUAGCCAAGUCCAAGGCAGAAGUGGCCUGCAUCGCAGUGUAUGAAACAGACAUGUUUGUUGUUGGAACUGAGAGAGGACGAGCUUUUGUCAACACCAGAAAGGAUUUUCAGAAAGAUUUUGUGAAAUACUGUGUUGAAGAAGAGGAAAAGGCUGCAGAGAUGCAUAAAAUGAAAUCUACAACCCAGGCAAAUCGGAUGAGUGUAGAUGCUGUAGAGAUUGAAGCACUCAGAAAAACUGUUGAGGACUAUUUUUGCUUUUGCUAUGGGAAAGCUUUAGGAAAAUCAACAGUGGUGCCUGUUCCAUAUGAGAAGAUGCUGCGAGAUCAGUCGGCUGUGGUGGUGCAGGGGCUUCCAGAGGGAAUUGCCUUUAAACACCCUGAGAACUACGAUCUUGCGACUCUGAAGUGGAUUUUGGAGAACAAAGCAGGGAUUUCAUUUAUCAUUAAGAGACCUUUCCUGGAGCCAAAGAAGCACCUAGGUGGUCGUGUGAUGGUAACAGAUACUGAAAGGUCAAUGCUAUCUCCAGGUGGAAGUUGUGGCUCCAUCAAAGUGAAAACUGAACCGACGGAAGAGUCUGGUAUUUCCUUGGAAAUGGCAGCUGUGACAGUGAAGGAAGAAUCAGAAGAUCCUGAUUACUAUCUGUAUAACAUUCAAGGAAGCCAUCAUUCUUCAGAGGGGAAUGAAGGAGCAGAAAUGGAAGUACCAGCAGAAGGUUAG